AUGCGCGCGGCCGCCUCAAACGGCAGCAGCGUGGACGACGACGGCGACGGCAACGGCGACAGCGACGGCGACGGCGACGGUGACUGCGCGCGAUGCGGCGCGCUGCCACCGCGGGCCAAGUGGCGCAGCAACCUCAACCUUAAUCGCGAGGCCACUGGCGCGACCACCACCGCGCAGACACGCUGCGUGCAGACACGCACGCGUGCGCCCGGCGAGCAAGGAAAGGAGGAGGAGCAGAAACAAAGAAAGGAGGAAAGGAAGAGGGAAAAGGGGGAGAAAGGUGGAGGCGCCGAUGACUGGCAUCAGUUGCAUUCAGCAGCUUCUAGCAGCUCCACAGCCACCCACUCCACCCUCCACCAAGCAGCCAUGAAGGUCCUGGUCGUCCUGUGCGCCGUGGCGGUGGCCGCGCUGGCGGCGCCCGAAGCCCCCGUGUACCGCGCCCCCGCGCGCCUCAGCAACGAGUACGGCGCGCCGGCCGAGGCCAACGAGGCGCCCUACCCGCCGUCCGGCUGGAGGCCCUCCGGCCGCCAGUUCCUGCUGCCCGCGCGCCAGACCAACUACUACGUGCCGCCGCCCGUGGAGUACGGGCCGCCCAGCACUGAGGCCGCCACCGAGCCCCCCACCGAGGAGCCCACCACCACCGAGGUGCCCACCACCGAGCAGCCCGAGGAGAGCAACGAGUUCGCCGACGGCGCGCGCGGCUCGCAGCAAGUAGCCGGCGCCGACGAGGAAGGCGCUCCCGCGGGCGUCUACUACGUGCUGCUGCCCGACGGCCGCCUGCAGCGCGUCGCCUACAGCACCAACCCGGCCGUGCCGCCGCCGGCCGCCGCCCCCAUCCGCAACUCCGGCUACGCCCAGCUGCAGUACAUGGACGUGGAGCCCAUCCGCGCGCCCAUCUACUCCUACGGCUCGCCCUUCAUCCGCCUCUUCUGAACCCACCCCCACCCCCACCCGCGCGCACCUCUCGUCCGGCAACAUAAAAAGGCUCCCUUCGAAAAAUGGUCAGCGACCUACCGGCAGGCUACAGGAACAGCCUCGAUUCUUCGCCUAAGAAGAUCCUCAAUCCUUGACACGAAAUUUUCUCUUUAGAAGCGUCAAUUUAAUCAUUUACUUUCCUCUCCUUUAUUCCCCCUUUCCUUGCUGACUUCGAAAUUUACUUCUUGGCUUCUUACUACUGGCAGAUUCUGCUCUGUUAAUUGAAAAUUCGAUCUUCACUGCAUUAAUUUUCUGAUUUUUUUCAAUUUUACGAAACACCCUAUUAUCAUCUCAUUUAAAUGUUGUUAAUGUACAUAACUCUGUAAAUAUGUUAGACGAUGAGCUGUUCAAAAUAAAAUAUGAUAUUAUAUUAUUUGUGAAAUUUGAUUUAAAAUCCCUUCACUCCUUCUAGUGAUAGCACUACUACACC